ACCGGAAAAUAGGCAACCAGUGACAAUCGAAAAACAAAUGAGUAAUCGGAAUAAUGGCGGUUGCUGUCGUAAGUGAAGUUAUUUGGAAGUAAACCAGUGGAACUGUCAGAUAUUCGUAUUAUUUUCGUAAUUUCAAGUAGUCACCAAGAAACACAAAUCAAAUACAGUUUCAAACGGAGGUGUAACGUCAUCACAAAAAUGAGUGUUGAUGCGUAUGGACCAAGUUCGCAAACUCUCACGUUUUUGGACACGGAGGAUGCUGAGUUGAUCGGAGCAGAUACUCAAGGAUCUGAAUGCGAAUUCACAGAUUUCACUAUUCCUUCGCAAACGCAGGCCUCUCAGCAUGAUCACGCCGGCCCCAAAGUUGCGGGGGUACAGCUAAAUAACAACAUUGUUGCAAAAAUCUCCACUGUAACAGCUACACUGGGUGAUCUGCAAUUUGAAGAAGACGAUGAGGAAGGCUUUUUCAAUGGCAAAGAGUUGCCAGAUUACGCAUGUAAAUAUUGUGGCAUACACGACCCACAUUGUGUAGUUUUGUGCAAUUUAUGCAAAAAAUGGUUCUGCAAUGGCAGGGGAAACACAUCAGGAAGCCAUAUAAUUAAUCAUCUCGUGAGGGCAAAACAUAAGGAAGUUACCUUACACAAAGAUGGGCCAUUGGGAGAGACAAUUUUAGAAUGCUACAGCUGUGGAGUGCGAAAUGUAUUUGUUCUGGGUUUCAUUCCAGCAAAAGCGGAUUCCGUUGUUGUUUUGCUUUGCAGACAACCAUGUGCAGCACAGAAUUCCCUCAAGGAUAUGAACUGGGAUCAAGACCAAUGGAAACCUUUAAUAGCAGAUCGUUGUUUCUUAACGUGGUUGGUAAAAAUACCUUCGGAACAAGAACAGUUACGGGCCAGACAGAUUUCAGCUCAGCAGAUCAAUAAACUUGAGGAACUUUGGAAAGAAAACGUUGAUGCGACUUUUCAAGAUCUUGAAAAACCCGGAGUGGACGAAGAACCUCAGCAGGUCCUUCUCCGGUACGAAGACGGCUACCAGUACCAAAAUAUCUUUGGUCCCCUAGUAAAGUUAGAAGCGGACUAUGACAAGCGUCUGAAGGAAUCUCAAACUCAAGAAAAUAUUGAAGUACGCUGGGAUGUGGGUCUCAAUAAAAAGACCAUAGCUUAUUUCACCUUGGCCAAAACGGAUGGAGACAUGAAGUUGAUGCACGGAGACGAACUGAGGCUGAGAUAUGUUGGAGAGAUGCACAAGACUUGGGCAGGCGUUGGACACGUAAUAAAGGUCCCUGACAAUUAUGGAGAAGACAUCGGUAUAGAGUUGAAGAAUGGUUCUGGGGCCCCCAGCGAAUGCAGCAGUAACUUUGUUGUGGAUUUCAUCUGGAAAAGUACCAGUUUUGACAGAAUGCAGUUGGCUCUUAGAAAAUUUGCUGUAGACGAUACUUCAGUUUCUGCCUACAUCUACCAUCGCCUGCUGGGUCACGAAGUGGAAGAAGUUCUUUUCCGCUGCCACCUACCGAAACACUUUUCAGCACCAAACCUGCCCGACCUCAAUCGUUCGCAAGUCUAUGCAGUGAAACACGCUCUCCAGCGCCCUCUGUCUUUGAUCCAAGGACCGCCAGGUACUGGCAAAACUGUAACGUCCGCCACCAUCGUCUAUCAGCUUGUGAAACAGAAUGGCGGCCCAGUUUUAGUGUGUGCCCCCAGUAAUACAGCUGUCGAUCAGUUGACCGAGAAAAUACACAAGACUAACCUCAAAGUAGUGAGACUUUGCGCCAAGUCGAGGGAAGCUAUCGAUUCACCUGUCAGUUUCCUAGCGCUGCACAAUCAGAUCAGAAAGAUGGAAGGGAACACAGAGUUGCAAAAGUUGCAACAACUCAAAGAUGAGACGGGCGAGUUGAGUUCCGUCGAUGAGAAAAGGUACAGGAUGCUGAAGAAAAUGGCUGAAAAAGAAUUGUUGGAAGCUGCUGAUGUCAUUUGUUGCACUUGUGUUGGAGCUGGGGAUCCCAGGCUAGUUAGAUUGAAAUUCCAUUCAAUAUUGAUCGACGAGAGUAUGCAAGCCACAGAACCGGAGUGCAUGGUUCCAGUCGUGUUGGGCGUUAAACAACUAAUCUUAGUCGGUGACCAUUGUCAGUUGGGUCCCGUUGUGAUGUGCAAGAAAGCAGCCCGAGCAGGUCUCUCACAAAGUUUAUUCGAACGUCUGGUUGUUCUCGGUAUAAGACCUUUCCGCCUCGAAGUGCAGUACCGAAUGCACCCAGAACUUUCACGUUUCCCAUCGAAUUUCUUCUACGAGGGCAGUUUGCAGAAUGGUGUUAGCGCAGAAGAGAGAAAACUGAACAAAAUUGAUUUCCCUUGGCCAAUAGCUGAGAGACCGAUGUUUUUCCUCGUUACUCAGGGUCAGGAAGAAAUUGCAGGAUCUGGAACCAGUUACUUGAAUAGAACAGAGGCUUCCAAUGUUGAAAAAAUUGCUACGAGGUUUCUGAAAUCUGGCGUGAAACCUGAGCAAAUCGGUGUGAUUACUCCUUAUGAGGGUCAAAGGGCCUACCUCGUUCAGUACAUGCAGUACCAGGGUUCCCUACAUAGCAAAUUAUACCAGGAAAUUGAAAUUGCUAGCGUCGAUGCUUUCCAAGGUAGAGAGAAAGACAUUAUAAUAAUGUCUUGCGUCCGUUCUAAUGAGCACCAAGGGAUAGGUUUUCUCAAUGAUCCCAGACGGUUAAAUGUUGCUUUGACUAGAUCCAAAUAUGGAAUAAUCAUUGUAGGUAAUCCGAAGGUAUUGUCCAAACAACCGCUAUGGAAUCACCUCCUGUCUUUCUACAAGGAGCAAAAAGUAUUGUGCGAAGGACCUCUGACGAACCUCAAGGAAUCCCUCAUCCAAUUCGCCAAGCCGAAAAAGCUGAUCAAUGCCGAAAACCCAGGUUCCCACUUCAUGACUACUUCUAUGUUUGACGCUCGAGAAGCCAUGGUACCAGGCUCCGUCUACGAUCGUACCAACCAACCGAUGAACGGACAAUUCAACUACCCCACCACCCGCGGCAUGCCCUUGGAUAUGUUCAGUCGCACCCACGAUCCGAUUAGUUACAUCUCUCCCGAACGUGCUCAGGCAGGCAUGAACUUGCCCGUACCGGUUGGGAUGUUCAUGAACAUGGCCCACAUACCGCCGAGGUUCUACAAUCAACACCAGCAGGCACUGCAAGCACGCCAGCAGCAGAACCCGCGGAACAGGAAGCCUCCACAGAGGCAGAAGGGCAAAGGGUUGAGCCAAGACCACACCCAGCCGUUCAGUCAGAGUCUUCAGUUGACGCAGGGAAUGUCUCAACCUGGUUUGUCGCAGCCCGGUUUCAGUCUGAGCCAACCGGGUCUAUCGCAAGCAGAACUCAGUCAGGAUCCCUACAUGGCAGAAUACCAGUCACAGAUGGAUGGUUUGUUGUCCCAAGAUUCAACAUACCAGGGAGAUAGGUCUGCAUUUUACCAGCCUAGCAGCGCCCAGUUCUCCCAGCCCUAUUGAUUGAGUUCGGAAGAAGAAUGACACUAGAAUCGCGGGAGCGGUCUUCUGAAAAUUUGCAAGUGAAUGAGAUCUGAUCGUCAAAUUGUCAGUAACGCAACAAACAAAGGUCACGAGAUGUCGACUACGGAAACAAAAACACGAGACAUAAAAAGAGAGAAGUAAAUGAAUGCCACGAAGAGAUGUGGUGUACUUGCGUUAAUAAUCACAAUCCCAGAGAUGACAAAGCUCGGUCCUUCCUGUAGAUGACGUUUUCACACCGCUGUGACUAACCGAUUCCUAUUUUCUUCAAAUAUUGUAAGUUUUAUUUUAAAUUUAAUAUGAUAAGUUUCUUUUGUUAGCGAAUGUCGACUGUAUUGUAUCGACUCGAAUCACCCUGUUGAUUCGACACUCAAACAAAUACGUCUGCAUUCUUGAAUAACUAAGUAUAUUCGUAAAUUAUAUCCCAACAAUGAAACUUGUAUAGCCUUAAUUUUUAUGUUUAUUUUAAUUUUUGGCAUGUCAGGGUUAUGGUUAAAUUUCACAUACAGGGCUUGUACUACUAGAAUGUAUUGUCGGAUCAUUGCUUAUAAUACGUCAACUAGUUCAGUGCUUUUAUUUUCCAUUCAACUUGUCUGUCUACUUCACUUCUUGUAUGCAGAUGUUCCGAGUCCUAAAUUAUUUUCAGAUUGAUUAAAUGAAAUUAAAAUACUC